AUGGCAAUGUCAACAUUAGAAUCACUUCCAAAUGAAAUAUUAAUUAAUAUCUUCGAAAAGUAUAUUAAUGGUGUGGAUAUAAUUAUUGCUUUUAUUGAUCAACAAAAUCAACGUUUCAAUGGAUUAAUUAUGCAAUGUCGACAUCACAAUUUUAAUUUUGUUAAUUGUCAAAAAGAUUGUUUUCAUUAUUGUAUCAAUUUUUUACCAAAUUAUAUUGGCAAAAUUAAGAAAUUAGUUUUAUCUGAUCAUAACACUCCUGGUCAAAUUUCAACUUUUUUAUUACGUUUUCCGUUGUUACACAAUUUUAGAAAUAUUCAUAGACUAUCUAUUAACUUUAAUGCAGAAACUGUUUCUUGGAUAAGAAUUCGAAAUGCUCUACGUUCUUUAUCUACCACGAAUAUUCACACUUUAAUAAUUAACGUAAUACAUAUGGAAAGACCAUCAAGAUUGAAUUAUAUUAAUUAUGAUAUGUUUGAUUUACAAAGUAUUAAACGAAUAGAUCUACUGAGCGAUAUUUCAUAUGAUGAUUGGGGUUUAUUACCAACUUUGUUCUCAAAAAUUGAACAUUUGACGAGCAUUAGAAUGUCAUGUGACUUUCAAUAUCUCUGUUCUAUUUUACAGAAUGCUUUUCAUCUCAAAUAUCUUAACGUUAGACUAGAUUCUUCGAGCCUUAGUCGUUUUUUUAAACCGUAUCAACACACAAACGAUAGUAUUAUAUCAAUACCUGUUCUUCAUACAUUUCUAUUGUCUUUUCAAUCUACUGACCCAACAACAUUCGAAAAGCUUGCAUAUUAUUUAAGACGUAUGCCUGCUUUACGUCGCUUAGACAUUAAAGCACAUGGAGCACUUCUUGAUGCAAAUGCUUGGGAGGCUUUACUUCAAACAUCAUUACCUCAACUUACCCAUUUUCGCCUUAAAACAACUACAUCUUGUAUAAAUAAUAUAGAAUUGGAAAAUAUAUUAGCAUCAUUUGAAACUCCAUUCUGGAUCACAAAAGAUAAUUUUUAUCUGAUAGUCACAAAACAUAAAUAUCUAGAUACGAAAACAUUGCAUUCAUAUAAAUUACAAGUCGAUAAUGAAGAUGAGUUUAAUCAACCAGUUAUACAAUGGUGGAUAGUACCAUUUCGUAAUCGCCUGGAUGAUAUUCCUACCAGUGAUAUCAUUAGUUUUGGUAUUUCUGGUGUAGUCAGGUCUUUAUCACAAUAUUAUUACUUCAAUAAUAUUGAACAUCUUGUAAUUUAUGAUAUGAAUGAAGGUUUUUCUAAUUGGAUUUUAAAAUAUAUCAAUUACUCGCAAAUUAAAUAUCUUGAUAUUUCAUACAUAGACAAAGAAUCGAAUAUUAUUGCUUUACUCUUAUUACAACUUAAAAAUAUUAUUUCUCUUCGAAUCGAUUAUCAGCAUUUAGUAACUUAUAAAAAUGUUUAUUUGGAGAACAAUCAUUGUAUGAAAUAUCUUGAUAUCUCUGUUAAUAAACACAAUUUUAAUGAAGAAGACAUCAUGAUGAUCGCACAACUAUUUCCUAGAAUCGAACAUCUUAUAAUAAAUACAAAUAUGUUAGAAAAUGUUCCGUUAUUAGAGAAUUAUAUACCUCAUCUUUGUAGUCUUACUUCGAACAUAAUCGAUGAAUCAUUUCGGCGUUAUAAAAGUUAUGAACGUAGACUAUGGGUUGAUAAUCUGCGACAAAAAUUUCAAGUCUCAUUUGAAUUUGCAAUAGACAACGGAAUGACAAUCUGGAUUGAUCAAGCUGCAUUGAAUGAAUCGUACUGGCAAAAUAAAUAA